CAACGGGGCGACAACUCAGGCGACGACUCCCGCUGCGAGCCGGUGUUUGGUAGCCGCCGUUAGCUUAGCCUCCGUGACCGUAAGUAAGUAAUACAGAGACCGGUAACACUUUGACAAGGAUUUGUACUCAUUUAUCGGAACGACGGACCUCUAGCCAGCAGGAAGCUAGCGCCGGGUGAGCGGAUAUUUGUCAGCAGGUCCAACACCCCCCCAGGCCAACAUGGCCGACAUCAAGAACUUCCUGUAUGCCUGGUGUGGAAAAAAGAAGCUGACUCCCAGCUACGACAUCCGCGCCGCGGGGAACAAGAACCGGCAGAAGUUCAUGUGCGAGGUCCGCGUGGACAGCUACAACUACAUGGGGAUGGGAAACUCCACCAACAAGAAGGACGCCCAGACCAACGCCGCCAGAGACUUCGUCAACUACCUGGUCCGCAUCGGGGAGAUGAACGCCGCCGAGGUCCCGGCUCUGGUGAGCGCUUCGGGUGGAGAUCAACCCCAUGAUGAUGGAGCAGCAGGAGCAGCAGCAGCAGCAGGAGGAGGAGGUGGUGGUGGAGGAGUUGGCUUUGGAAGCCUCCCCUCCAGCGGCCCGCUGCCACCCCACCUCGUGUUGAAGACUGAGAAAGAGGCCGACUGCAGCGGGCCGAUACCAGGAGUGACUGGACUCGGCUACUCGGGAGGACGGAACUCUGGGUGGGGAGGAGGAGGAGGAGGAGGAGGAGGAGCAGAAUGGGAGCGAGGAGCCAACCUGAAGGAGUACUACGUCAAGAGGGACGAACAGGAAGCGCAAGCGACUCUGGAGUCGGAGGAGGUGGACCUGAAUGCUAGUCUCCAUGGCAACUGGACCCUGGAGAACGCCAAGGCCCGUCUGAACCAGUUCUUCCAGAAGGAGAAGACCAGCGCAGAGUACAAAUACAGCCAAGUGGGACCGGACCACAACAGGAGCUUCAUCGCGGAGAUGCAGCUGUUUGUCAGACAGCUGGGAAGAAGGAUCACGGCGCGAGAGCACGGCUCCAACAAGAAGCUGGCGGCCCAGUCGUGCGCCCUGUCUCUGGUCCGGCAGCUCUUCCACCUGGGGGUCCUGGAGGCCUUCUCCGGGGUCACCAAGAAGAAGGAGGGAGAGGCCCUGGAGGCCUUCGAGGUCAACGUGUCUCCGGACCUGCAGCAGCAGCUGGCCAACGUCGUCCUGCAGCUCGGAGUCCACCUCCCCCCCCCGCCGGCGGACCCCUCCGACUCGGUGUCCCUGAUUCAGGGGAAGUUGGCCACGUUUGAGCCGUCCCAGCGUCAGAGCGGAGCGGGGGUCGUCCCCUGGUCGCCCCCGCAGGUCAACUGGAACCCCUGGACCAGCAGUAACAUCGACGAGGGACCGCUGGCCUUCUGCACUCCGGAGCAGAUCAGCGGCGACCUGCAGGAGGAGCUGAUGUACCAGCUGGAACAUGACGACCACCUGCAGAAGAUCCUGUCGGAGCGCAUCCAGCUGCCUGUCAAACAGUUUGAGGAGGAGAUCAUGGCCGCCGUGGAGGACAACCCCGUGGUGAUCAUCAGAGGGGCGACGGGCUGCGGCAAAACUACCCAGGUCCCUCAGUACAUCCUGGACCACUUCAUCAAAGCCGGGAGGGCGUGCGACUGCAACAUCGUGGUCACCCAGCCCCGGAGGAUCAGCGCCGUGUCGGUGGCUGAGCGGGUCGCCUACGAGCGAGCGGAGGACGUGGGCAAGAGCUGCGGCUACAGCGUCCGCUUCGAGUCCGUCCUCCCGCGGCCGCACGCCAGCCUCCUCUUCUGCACCGUGGGGGUUCUGCUGCGCAAGCUGGAGGCGGGAAUCCGAGGGAUCAGUCACGUGAUCGUGGACGAGAUCCACGAGAGAGACAUCAACACGGACUUCCUGAUGGUGGUCCUCAGAGACGUGGUCCAGGCCUACCCGCAGGUCCGCAUCCUGCUCAUGUCGGCCACCAUCGACACCAGCAUGUUCAGGGAGUACUUCUUCAACGCGCCCGUCAUCGAGGUGUUCGGACGCACCUUCCCUGUCCAAGAGUAUUUCCUGGAGGAUUGCAUUCAGAUGACCAACUUUGUUCCUCCGCCGCUGGACCGCAAGAAGAAAGACAAAGAGGAGGACGGAGGAGACGAGGACACCAACUGCAACGUGAUCUGUGGGUCUGACUACUCGCCGGAGACCAAGCGCUCGAUGGCCCAGAUCAGCGAGAAGGAGACGUCCUUCGAGCUGGUGGAGGCUCUGCUGAGGUACAUCGAGACGCUGCAGGUGGCCGGAGCCGUGCUCGUGUUCCUGCCCGGCUGGAACCUCAUCUGCUCCAUGCAGAGGCACCUGGAGACCAACCCGCACUUUGGAAGUAGCCGGUACCGGAUCAUGCCGCUCCACUCUCAGAUCCCCCGGGAGGAGCAGAGGAGGGUCUUUGAACCGGUUCCUGACAACAUGCGGAAGGUGAUUCUGUCCACCAACAUCGCAGAGACCAGCAUCACCAUCAACGACGUGGUCUACGUCAUCGACUCCUGCAAGCAGAAGGUGAAGCUCUUCACGUCUCAUAACAACAUGACGAACUACGCCACCGUGUGGGCCUCAAAGACCAACCUGGAGCAGAGGAAAGGCCGAGCCGGCAGAGUGCGAGCCGGGUUCUGCUUCCACCUGUGCAGCAGGGCCCGCUUUGACAGGCUGGAGACCCACAUGACCCCAGAGAUCUUCAGGACUCCUCUUCACGAGGUGGCUCUGAGCAUCAAGCUGCUGCGACUCGGCGCCAUCGGCCACUUCCUGUCGAAGGCCAUCGAGCCGCCGCCGCUGGACGCCGUGAUCGAGGCGGAGCACACGCUGAAAGAGCUGGACGCGCUGGACUCCAACGAUGAGCUCACCCCUCUGGGUCGGGUUCUGGCCCGGCUUCCCAUCGAGCCUCGCCUCGGCAAGAUGAUGAUCAUGGGCUGCAUCUUCAGUGUCGGAGACGCCAUGUGCACCAUCUCGGCUGCGACCUGCUUCCAGGAGCCCUUCAUCAGCGAGGGCCGGCGCCUCGGCUUCGUCCACCGGAACUUCUCCGGCAGCCGCUUCUCGGACCACGUGGCCCUGCUGUCCGUCUUCCAGGCCUGGGACGACGUCAGGAUGGGCGGCGAGGAGGCGGAGCUCCGCUUCUGUGAACACAAGCGGCUCAACAUGUCCACGCUCAGGAUGACCUGGGAGGCCAAAGUCCAACUCAAGGAGAUCUUGGUCAACUCCGGAUUCCCAGAAGAGUGCCUCGCGACGCAGACCUUCAACACGGUGGGACCCGACAACCAGCUGGACGUGGUGGUGUCCCUGCUGACCUUCGGCUCGUACCCCAACGUGUGCUUCCACAAGGAGAAGAGGAAGAUCCUCACCACCGAGGGGAGGAACGCCCUCAUCCACAAGUCCUCCGUCAACUGCCCCUUCAGCAGCCACGACGUCACCUACCCCUCCCCCUUCUUCGUCUUCAGCGAGAAGAUCAGAACGCGGGCCGUCUCGGCUAAAGGAAUGACUCUGGUCAGCCCUCUGCAACUGCUGCUGUUCGCCUGCAAGAAGAUCAGCUCCAACGGAGACGUGGUGGAGCUCGACGACUGGAUCAAGCUCAGGAUUCCUCACCACGUGGCGGCGGGCAUCGCUGCCCUGAGGGCCGGUCUGGAGGCGCUGGUGGUGGAGGUCACCAAAGACCCUGAACACAUCAGGCAGAUGGACCAGAAGAACCAGCAGCUCCUCAACAUCAUCAGACUCACAUCCAGACCUUCAGCUGCUGGACUCAACAUGAUGAGCAGCAACCAGAGAAUGGGAGACGGCCCUCGACCUCCAAAGAUGGCGCGCUUUGAUGGAGGAGGAGGAGGAGGAAGCGGCUACAGAGGAGGAGGGGGAUACAGAGGAGGAGGGGGAUACAGAGGAGGGGGAUACAGAGGGGGGGGAGGAUACGGAGGGGGAGGAUACGGAGGGGGGGGAGGAGGAUAUAGAGGAGGAGGGGGCUAUAGAGGGGGAGGAGGCUAUGGUGGAGCUGGAGGAGGGUACAGGGGAGGGGGGGGCUACAGAGGUGGAGGCGGACAAGGAGGAGGGUAUUAAUAGGAAGGAUUCAGAAUAGGAGCAGCAGCAGGAGGAGGAAGAGGAGGAGUAGGAAGAGGAGGAGUAGG